CCAAUCAUUAUCUAUUCUCCAUAGUAGAGUGAAGAAUGUUUUAAAAAAUUCUCAAAAUAUGUAUAUAAUUAUAAUUAUGAUGAUGAUGAUGGCGACGAAGAUGACGAUGUUAAUAUGUGUAAAUAGAUGUUCCUGAAGACAUCUCUCUGACCACCAUUGUUUUUGAUUUCUCCCAAAAGAAACAACCCAAUUAUAUAUAUAUAUUGAUACUUUAAAAACAGUACUAAUUAUCAUUGCUACUUCUUUCAUUACGUAAUACUGGAUUAACCUGAAUAUGAUUUCAAUAAUGUCUGACAGCUAGUGAAUUGAAAACUUUGAAAAAUACUUGCCUUCAUGGUGUAUCCAGUCGAAUACGGUGUUGAAAUACUAAGAUUCAAUGGUUACACAUAACAGCUUUUAAAGCAUUUCUUUUCAUGGAUUCGGAAAAUCGUGUCAUCUUAAAUGUUGGUGGGAUACGACAUGAAACAUACAAAGCUACAUUGAAAAAAAUUCCAGCCACUCGUUUGUCUAAAUUGACAGAAGCUGUAGCAAAUUAUGAUCCGAUAUUGAAUGAAUACUUUUUUGAUCGUCAUCCAGGCGUAUUUAAUCAAAUCCUGAAUUAUUAUCGUACUGGAAAAUUACAUUAUCCUACAGAUGUCUGUGGACCGUUAUUCGAAGAAGAGCUUGAAUUCUGGGGACUUGAUGCUAAUCAGGUGGAGCCAUGUUGUUGGAUGACGUAUACAUCACAUCGUGAAACACAAGAAACCCUACAGAUAUUGAAUGAUUUGGAUUUAGAUACUGAAGGCAGGACAGAUGAGGAGUUGUAUGCAAAAUUUGGUUGGGAUGAUGCUUAUCAGUCAGGGAAAUUAACAUUAUGGCAACGGUGUAAACCAAAAAUUUGGAUGUUAUUCGAUGAGUGCUAUUCAUCAUUAGGUGCAAAAAUCAUUGCUGUCAUCUCUGUAUUCUUCAUAGUAUUAUCAAUCUUGUGUUUUUGUUUAAAAACAUCCUCUACUCUUCGUAUUCCACAUUUGUAUAAUGACACAUUACCGCCGAGAAGUAGUCAGUUAUCUACAGAUUACAACAGCUAUAGACAAAUGUCUCAUAGUAUAUCAACUUCAACUUAUCCUAACAGACUCUCCCGGGACAAACGCGUCAGCCAUCAACAACAACAACAAAAGCCUGCAGUAUAUGAAAAGUAUUCAUCCGAAACUGAAGGUAAUGAUGUAUGGACUAUACGUAAACGUGUCAUUAAAUCGCAUCAAAUAUUUGGUUAUGUUGAAUGUAUAUCAAAUGCAUGGUUUACAUUUGAAAUCACAAUAAGAUUUAUAGUUACACCAUCAAAAUUAGAAUUUAUUAAAUCUCCUGUUAAUAUCAUCGACUUACUGGCAUUAAUGUCAUUCUAUGUUGAUUUGCUAUUGACAAAAAUUAUAUCGAAUGAAGCAAGUUAUGAAGCUUUGGAGUUUUUCUCUAUUAUACGUAUUAUGCGUUUGUUUAAAUUAACACGACAUAUUGCUGGACUAAAGAUUCUCAUACACACAUUUCGUGCUAGUUUAAAAGAAUUAGUCCUAUUGGUAUUCUUUCUGAUGGUAUUCAUUGUAAUAUUUGCUGCGUUAAUGUAUUAUGCUGAAAGAUUUCAAUAUAAUCCACAAAAUGACUUUGCUUCUAUACCAGUUGGUUUAUGGUGGGCUAUUGUCACUAUGACAACAGUUGGUUAUGGGGAUCAAGUACCAAAAACAUAUCUAGGUAUGAUAGUUGGUGCAAUGUGUGCAAUUACAGGUGUAAUGACAAUAUCUCUACCCGUUCCUGUUAUUGUAUCGAAUUUCUCUCGUUUCUACACACAUACACAAGCCCAAUCAAAGCUGCCAAAGAGAAGACGACGUAUUCUCCCUGUGGAAUCAGUACGUCCAAAACCCUAUGGUCAAGCUGGACAAUUAAGUUCUUCAAUUAAAUUAAAAAAUAGUUAUGGUGUGAAUCCACCAGCAUCAGCAAGAGCUUUUAAUUCAGCGAUUGAUUCACCAAUGCGAUUGGCUACCAGUAUACAAAACAGGAGUAUUAUGGAUACAAACACAAGAGUUAUAGAAAAUCCUGUCAGCUGUGAAACAACCAUACGACCACUUAUACCUAGACGUGAAGAAAUCACUUUACUCCCUGGUGAAAGUCUUGUACCAAUUACAACUCGCCCGAAAACAUCAACUGCCAAUGAUACAUCAAAUACAUCAGAUUCACAGACAACUCCAUCAGAAACGCAUCCACUUCUACCGAAUCAUAAUGAUGAUAAACAAAUCAAUCAUCAAUUAUGCAAUAAUAUAAUGUCUAAUAAAUGUGUACAAAGAAGUAGUGGAAAACAAAAUAUGAAAGAAUGUAACAAUUCCUUAUUGUCAUCUACAUCAAUGAACAAUGAAGAAGCCAACAGUGGAAAUAAUCUGUUGAAGUCAACUGCCUCGAGGAAUUCUACAAAAACUCCAGAUACUUCUUCUACUAUUAGAGCGAAUACUGCUGUCAGUCUGGAAUGUGGUCGUGAUAACUACUCAAUGCUAAUGAACACAAAUGCUACACAAAAUGUACACCAAUACCCACCAUCACCACAACAAUCCCAACAUCAAACAGGCAUAAGACAAUCAUGUUUUUCAUUUGAUGAUCAGUUGAAUGAAGAGAAUUUUUUACCAUCCGAUAAUAGUUUAACACAAUUAGAAGAAUUACUAAAGUUAAAUAAUAACAAUAAUAAUAACAGUAAUAAUUAUGAAAUAACACCGCCUCGACUUUCAUCGACAUCUGCGGAUAAAUAUGAAAUGAAAUUUAUGAGUAGAUCAGAUUCGUUAACAUAAAUGCUUGUUUAAAUAAGCCAGAGGCGGAUAACAUAUCACCAUGCAUAGAUAUUUGUGUGAAUGAAAGCAUGAAGCGAUUGUUUUCUAUUUCAGUCAAACAUUAUAUGCUACUUGUAUAGCUUAUAAGUAGACAGAUGCAUGUACACACAAAUUGUUACAUCGACAUCUAGUCAUACAAUUUGAGAAUACAAGAACACAGGAUAGAAUGUUUAUAAAAUAUUUUAUCAUGCAUCUGUUACAUAUGACACGUAUUGUUUUCUCUGCCUAGGUAAAGACUACUAACUCACACUUUUACUGUUUCAUUAAACCUCAUGCUUUUAAAAUGACCGCCCUCUUUUAAUGUCUUAUUUAAACAAAAUUUUGAUGUCUCUCUUCUUCUCCUUUCUUUGUCUGGUUGAUUAUUUUCUUCCCCCUGUCUUUUGUCCUUCAAACAGAAAAAAGUAUACAGAACAUGUGUAAAAAAUAUUUUUUGUUUGAAUUAAAUUUACCUCUCUUAGAUGAUAAAUUAUUGAAUGAAUAAAAAAAUAAUUAUUGAACAUUGAACAGUGUUAAUCAAAUGUACACUUUUAUACUUCAUUUGAAGAAAUCAAAAUAAAAAGAAUUGUUGUAUAUUAUUAUUAUAAUUAUUAUUAUUAAAAG